UCUCUGGGCUGUGAUAAUCUGUGCGGAGCAUAGCCUAGGGGGACUCCUGAACGCCAUCAUUCUUUCAUUCAUUCAUUCAUUCCUUCAUGAUCCAUUCAUUCGCUACUCUUCAUCCAUUCGUUCUUUCAUUAGAUUGUUCCAUCGUUCAGCGUCAAAGUCUUGGAGAACCAGACCUGCCCUAGAGCUCCACACACACACACAACGGUCUACACGACAGCUCCACAUCUUUCCAGCCGCAGUCCCCCGGCCAGCCAGGAUGAUCAUCAAGGGUUUGCUGGCGCUGACAGUCCUGUCCUCGUUGUUCCUCGGCCUCUUCCUCUACACCCCGCUGCCUGAAGGGAUGUCCAACCCAGGGAAGGCACAGGUCCUUAUGGCCAUUAUGCGGUUGGGCUACUGUGUGAUAAACGCCCGGGAGCUGUUGGGCUAUGGCAGCUUUGCGCAGGAUAUCCGGUCCUACCAGAUGCCCCUGGGCGAGGGCUCUCUGUCGUCUGCCUCUUACGGGGAUGUGGAUGUGACACGUGACAAGCUGGCCGGAGUCCACGUGAUCAUCUACCGGCCGCUGCCGGCCAGACAGAAAGCCCCGGCGACCAUCUACUUCCACGGCGGGGGUUAUGUGUUUGGAUCUGGUAAUGCUUUCGAUCAGCAUUGUUACGAAUAUGCUAAAAGAAGUGGUACGGUGGUCUUCUAUGUAGA